AUGGGAGAAAUGGGUGUAAGAUCUGUCACAGCUAACAGGAAUAUAUCCUCAGAUUCUGAUAGUGAUGAAUCUGUAUACAGUUUCAUCAGCGAACAAGGUACUCAUCCUGUAUUAAAGGAACGUGGUCUGUUGGAUAGAGAAAUGAAACAACGCAUAGUACGGGAUGUAUAUGAUAAAGCUGAUCUGGAUGAUCUUGUUUCUCUUUGUAAUGAUGAUGAUGACUAUCAAAGGGACAUCAUGGGCAAAGAAAUAUGGGAGGGACAGAAAGAAGAAGAAGAAAAAGAAAAGGAGGAUAGUUCUAAUGCUUUUGGUGAUGAUGAUGUUAAUGGAAUGAAUUGUACAGUGAAAAAGAAAUUUGUAUCAAGAAAACCACAACCAAUAAUUGCUAUUCUUAUCAUAAGAAAUAGGGAAAGGAGAGUGGAAGUGUUGUUGUUUGUUAUCAAAUACUCAUUACAAUAA